CUGUUGUCCGUAAAGUGACAGCUGCAGCGCAUUGCGUAAAGUCAAGUGUGCAUGUUACACGGUUAAACAUGUUAAAAAGUUUUUCUGAAAUUUCAGUUUUAUGUUUCAUUCGUGGUCCAAAUCAUUCUUUAAGAACUGAUAUAAUAAACUUUUCUCCUUCUUGAUUAAGUGAGAAACCUAGAAAAUAUUUAGAAAAUUUAGUUAAGUUGUGUUUUGCUUUUAGUGAGUUCAAUUAUCGUAAAUCACCAUGCCUAAAGGGAAAAGAAAAGGAAAAUACGAGCACAGAAGAACCGAGCAAGAGUAUUCCUCAGAAGAAGAUGCUGGCAUUGACAUGACAAAUGACAACUACUCGGAGACAUCUGGACAGUCUGACCUCAAGAGCAUCCAUGAUGAAGGCGAAAACGACAGUCAAGAGAAGUUGGAAGAGAAAGUGUUGGAGAUCAUCGACGGGCUGAGCGCUCGUGCGAACGCGGCCCGCGCGUCGGCCUUGGUGUCGCUGCGGGCCGCGCUGCAGCGCCGCUACCUCGCGCCCGUGCUCAGCAACCAGCGCGCCACGCUCGCAGACCACGUGGCGCGCGCCCUACGCCGCGGCCGGGACGCAGAGAGACGCGCCGCCGCCGCCGUCGCGCCGCUGCUCGCCCUGCAGAUCGGCGAGGAAGGCACGGAGGAGUUCAUGGCAGAAGUGCGACCGGCGCUGGUGGCGGCCUGCACGGACAAGACUUCCUCGUUGGAAACCAGAGCCGAGUGUUGUUCAUCUUUGGCCGCUCUAUGUUAUCUGCUGGAGGAAGAUGUGAAUGAAAUUUUAGAAAUCAUGCAGAUGUACGAGACAAUCUUUAGUAGCUGUUAUUUGAAGGGCGACGGCAGCGUGAAGGUGUCCGGCGCGGCCGUGGAGGAGGGCGCGUGGUGCGGCGCGGCGCUGGACGCGUGGAGCGUGCUGCUGGGCGGGCUGCCCGCCCCCGCCGCGCAGCACGCGCUGCAGGCCGCGCCGGCUGGGCGCGCCUGCCGGGCCUGCUGCGCGCGCCGCUCGACGUGCGCGCCGCGGCGCCCGGCGCUCGCCGUCGCGCCACGAAGCCGCGCCGCACCCAGCCGAGCGGCCCCAGCACAGCGGCUCGACCUGCGGAGAAGCUGGCGCCGCGACUCGCAAACAAGAACCGCGCCAAGCGCGCGACCGGGCAAGCUGCAGCGCGCCACCUUCUCGGACAUCCUCAAGUACUUCGAGGAGGACGCGGCGCCCAGCGUGGCCGUGCGCGUGGGCGCCGAGACGCUGCAGUGCGACACGUGGGCGGCGCUGGGCGCCUACGCCGCGCUGGCCGCCGCGCUGGGGGCCGGCCUGCAGGCGCUGGCGCCGCACGCGCGCCCGCUCCGCGCCGCGCUCGGCCUCGACGACGUGCUGCCCGCCGACGCGCUGCCCAAGGCCAAGCUCAACAAGCUGCAGCGGCACCUGCAGAACACGGCGGCGUGCAAGGCGCGCACGCUGGCUCGCAACAAGAACCGCGACAAGCGCUCGGCCGCGCUCGCCCUGUGAACCCGGCGCCGCUGAUACCCUCAACGUGUAUUGGAAACUCAGUUUGCUUCUGGAAAUCUUUGUCUUUUAUUAUGUCUAUUUUUCGAUUAUUCCGGUUUUUUUUUACUGUUACUUGUUAUUAUUAUUAUAUAAACAGAUCCAUUAAAACUACUCUUCUUACCGAAAGCCGAACACUAAACAGUUCAGUAAAUUGUUGCUUUAAGAUCACACUAAUUUCGAAUAUAAAUACACAUAUAUAUACAACAUCCAAUAAUUAUAUGUGGCUUGUAGAUUGGAUUGUAAUCGUUUUCAUUGGGUCGAGUAAGGCUGGGCAAUUAGCUAUUUAAUUUGGGGCUGCGACUGCAUUAGAUGAGUUUAAUGUUAUUAAUGUUUAGAAAAUUUAGUUUGUCGUCUAUUUAUAGCGCAGCCGGACAGACAAUUAUUUUAAAGAUUUUUAAUCAAAAAAGCGUGUUAUUAAAUUAAGCUCUAUAUUUAAGUGGACGCGAUGGUACAAUGUUCGAGGGUGCAUUAUCGUAUGUAGAUAUCAAUAAAUAUUAACACGCAUUAAAAUUUUACAUCAGGCUGAAUGUACACUCCUAAUGGACCAAAGAAACUUUGAUUUCGGAAAUGUCUCAUUAUAAUAUUUUAUUAAAUAUCAAAUCUCAAAUCGAUUGUAAUCUUAGUUUUAAUUGGUUUAUAAUACAUUCUGCAUUGAUAUUACAAUAAUUAAAAUAUCAUUGGCUCGUGUCGCAUAAAAAUAAGAAAAUAACACUAAAGGUGCACGUGGUUUCUAUUUUUGUAGAAAAUCUAUAUAAGUGGACUAGCUGACGGCCCUUCCGGCGUUCGCCUUAACCCGUGAGGUCGACGUCUCAAUUGUAAAGUACAGUGGCUGUCUCAACUCUGCAACUGGAACACAUGACUGCUUCGUGGUAGAGCUAGGCGGAUGUCGGUACCUACCCGUGCAGACUUAUCACAUAAGGUCCUAGCGUCACGAUUAUAUUGUUUAGUUAAUUUCUUGUGAUUUGUAUAGAAUUUUUAGUGUGUAGUCUGAUAAUUUUAUAAAACUGAUGUUACAUAUUUUAUUAUGUUUAUAGUAUCGACACAAAACUGUUCAUGAAAAUGUAACAAUUAUUCGAUUGUGCCUAAAAAACGGUUUUUUUUAUUGUAAAUAAUUAUCUUCAAGAGCACAUUUAAUUAGUUCUGAUUUCGAAAACGUUUAGGAUACGUGGUCUAUAUUAAAUUUGAAUUGUUUGAUUGGUAAUGAUACUUUUUAUAAAAAAGUAUUGUUGAAAAUUGUUUCGUGUGAUUCGUAUCAUUACGAAAGUUUCUCUGUAAAUAUUAUUUUCAUGGAAUUCGAAUUGGCCGCCUCGUUUUGUACAUUAAUUAGGCUAUGAAGUGUUGAAAUAAUAUUUAUUACGAGAACCA